AGCAAGUCAGGACUCACCAACCUCUACAACAAACGCGUUGUGAGUUCUCAGGCGGUAGAAAGACCCCUAGCCGGGCAAAAAGGUGGUCAGUAUGGAAAAAGCGCAAUCAGCGCAGCAAAUGCAUUCGGAGUUACAACAUCCUACUCUGGCAAGCCUGAUCAAGCCACUCAUUCAGGAAGCUUGGUGACAACGAGUGAUGGUAGUCAGUACUUGGUUCACAAGGGAGAUGGCUUUGGCAAAAGUAGUGAUACAGUUGUCGUUGACGCGAAGCACAUGAGUAAAAACUGGCAACCGGUUGAACAAAGUCGGGAUGUUGGUGGAAGAGCAUCUGUAAGCGAUUAUGUUAAAGCUGGAGGGAAAGAUUACCAUUUACGGGGAGGAGUCUGCCACGACGCUACUCGCAACAUGCAAAAUCUUGGAAAUCAAGGAGGGUGUGGCGUACAAUGA